AUGGAAAAAUACACAGUGACCGAAGAGUACGCCAAGGACAUGGUUGGCCGGUUGCUCGGCGGGUUCGACAAGGAGACCGUCGCCCAGCUGGUGGAUCAGGGCAUGAAGAAAACCGAUCCUCUGGAGGUGCACAGCUACUUUGUGGAGCUUCUGGGCGAGUCUGAGCCGGUGUUCCGGUUCGUGGAGGAGUUCAACCGCAAGCGGUUCUCGUCCAAGAAGCUGGAGAAGUCCAAGGCUGAAAAAAUGGCCAAGAGCGAGCCCCCCAAGAAGAAGGCAUCGUGGGCCACCAGAACGGCAGGAGAAAAGGUAGAGGAGGAGAAACAGAAGAAGGAAAAGACACCUCGCAACCGGCUGGCCGGCGUGGGUAAGGGCGGAGCAACAACUUCCGAACUGCUGGAUCUCAAGCCCAAGACCAAGGCCAAAAACAAAAUCAAGGUGGAUUCGAUUGCCGAAAUCGACCAGGCAUUACGGGACCUGGAGCUGGUGGAACAUGGAGAUGUGCGCAAAGACGGCACCACGGCGCGCGCAAAAUGCGACUGCAUGGCUUCCCGACACCCGUUGCUGGAGGUUGCCCCCAACUGCAUGAACUGUGGCAAGAUCCAUUGCCUGAAGGAAGGGCUAGGGCCGUGCACAUUCUGUGGCACUCCUCUGUUGAGUGCGGAGGAGCGCAAUGAAAUUUCGUCGGUUUUGUACCAACAAAAGGAGGACAUUCGGUCUGUGAACGCCCCCAAACAGGCGGUGCCCAAAAAGAAACAAAAGGCCAUCAAGUACAACUUAUCUAAUGCUGGGGGGCGGGCUGCGCAGGAAGAGGCCAUCAAACAGAUGGAGGAGGAGAACCGGCAGGCGCAGGAGGCCAAGGAGAAGGAGCUUCAGCAGGCCAAGGAGCGGCUUGACACCCUGAUGGCGUUCCAGGACAGUCAGGCGGAGAGAACCCGGAUCAUCGACAACGUGGGCGACUUUGAACUGCCCUCGGCAGGUGUCAACCAGUGGGCUUCGGCGACAGAGAGGGCGUUGCAGCUCAAGAAGCAGCAGCGGCAAAUGGCCAAGAUGGAGGAACGAGACGCUCGGAAAAAGGGCAAGAAGCAUGUCAUUUCGCUGGGUCUGGAUGGCAAGAUCCGAGAGCAGGAAAUGGAGGACGAUAGCACAGAUGACGAGGAGUUGAGAGAACUUGAGUCCAAGAUCAAGUCUGAAAAGCAAGAGGUGGCGGAGCUGAACUCGCAGAACGUGUGGAACCCGGCCAUGGCUGACUCCAAGUUGAAGCGCGUCAAGUACGUGUCUAGAGGAGAUGUUCAGGAGCGACGGGUUGAGGAGAGGGGCAUUAUUGACAUUGACGGUGAGGAUGAUGAAGAGCGGCUCAUGCGGUUGUAG